GUUCUGAAGAGGAUCCGAAAUUGAUUGAAGGUGCCGAACUUCGAGAUUAUCAACGAAAAGGCAUCAGCUGGAUUCUCACGUUGUAUGAGAAUGGAAUGAAUGGAAUACUAGCAGACGAGAUGGGGCUCGGUAAAACAAUUCAGAUCAUCGCUGCUCUUGCGUCUCUAAUCGAAGCUGGAGUUCCAGGUCCCUAUCUGAUUGUCACUCCGCUGUCGUUACUAUCCAGCUGGGCCGAUCAGUUCUCUGCUUUUGCACCGCGCAUUCCUUGCCUCGUCUACUACGGGGCCAUGAUGGAACGGUUAAGACUGAGGAAGAGUAUUCGAAAGCGCGUCCGAAUAUCGCUGAGUGAUCCGAUUGAGACCAAGGAUACAAUAAUUCCUCUUAAAAAGACGACGUGUUCAAAUGUUUCUGAGUUAUCGCCUAUGGCUGCAGAUUUAAAUCUAAAUUCUUCGCUCGUUCCCUCGACUGAUGCAUUGUUCUCGGUUCAAUCUGGAUGCACAAGCCUCAUCUGCUCGACGACAGAAAGUGUCUGUUCGUUUCCAAGUUCUUCGCUGACCGAGGACCGACUGAAAACACCUAUACGAGAACUUCAGACGGCUCCAGAGGCCAUAGCCAGACUGGAUGAGACGAUUUCCAAUGUUCUACGGGCGUUCGAAGUCAAAGAACGGGUUCUGGAUGAUACAACAACAUCAGUUGAGGAUCACGACGGAGAACGCAGUUUGGUUAACUUAGCGGCCGCACGUGGCAGCAACGAGGAGUGCUCAGAAUGCGAAUCUGUUUCUGGUAUUCCGCUUGCUGCUCCCGUUGCGACGGAACCGCCAUCAGAUAACACCGAGGUGGUUUCUCGCAGCUCCGUGUGUGAUAACGCAGCUUCCUCCAGUUCGUCUGGUCUGGACAUUGUAGAACCGUCUACGGUCGGUUCAUCAGAGGAGAUGAAUCUUAUCGUUUCCAGGUCACAGGUUCAGGAAAAUGAGCCGGAAAGAGUAACCGUACAGACUACCUCAUUGAUUGCCAAUUCCUCGCUUGAUAGGCUUACAUCGGAAACGCAGCAUCCAGUGGACUGUGCUAAGUCAGAGGGAUCAUCUCUGGCAUCUGUGGGGAACACGAUCGUAUCAUUAAGCACCAACUUGACGGAUUCGGUUUUUGAUGUAAAUGGUCCUUUACCUCGUGAGUCUCACCUUUCCUCCGAUCACAAGAUUGGCAGGGACAAAGGGAAUCCACAAUACGCACGCACCUUGAUGGACACAGAGGCUUCGAAGUCUGAUCACCUUAUCGAUUCAUUGCCGGUAGGGACGGACGUUGAGAUGAUAUCAACUGUUGCCGUAAACACUUUGCGAAAGUUACACACAUCGGUCGAUGCCCUUCGAAACCUGGAUAAUGUCAUCACCGAAGUUCUGCUCGAGUAUAGUGCAACCGAAGCUGCCGGAAAGACUGGGGAUACCACUUUUGAGGACCAUUCUGCGAGAUCCCCACAACCAACAGAAGACCCGGUUACAUCCACCGCUUCCUUUGACCACAUCACUUCCCUAGCGUUGAAUUCACAAAGUGCUACACCGAGCGAAACUCCAACUAUUCAUACCGCCUGUCCGAUAACCUAUGACUUAUCCCCUUCAUUUGAAGGUACUGUUGUGGCGACAGAUAGUAAGCCUGAUAGACAAGAACCCCUUGACACAAACAACUCACCCACUAGUUGCCAAGCGUUUUCGUUCGAGAAUGAAGCUCACCACCAAUUGAGUACAAUGUGUACCGCUUCAGCCAGUCCUGCCCGGGCUGUAAACAUUGAAUCGAAUUUAUCCGAGAAUAUCGAUCUACCCAACGAAGUCAAGACUGAACAAGAUAACAGAGCGAUUGCACUGGCUCACUUGGAUGAGGUCAUCACCGAAGUUCUUGCCUCUUGCGAGCAGAAGCAACCGAUAGUUGGGGCACCACAGUUGUCUCCUUUACUUACAGAGAGCACUAUAAAGCCAGAGGGUUUCACGGAACCCGUAGUGUUGACGCCCUCAGAUUACCCUACCUCGAAACUAACCGAAGACAGUCUGUCCAAUGAACUGAAAUCACCGUAUUGUAAUGACUCUGCAAGUACAGUCUGUUCGACUUCAGCCACAUCCAGGAGGAGAGUGGACGACGUCUUCUGGGCAUACCCGAUUGUGUUAACCUCUUACGAGGUGGCGAUUCGAGACGCGAAGUAUUUACAGAAGGUCCCUUUUAAAGGCCUGGUCGUUGACGAGGGUCAACGCUUGAAAAAUCCUGCAAGCAGACUGUACCGAAGACUGGCCAAAUUUUCCACCAGCCUCCGUAUUCUCGUCACGGGGACUCCAUUGCAAAAUCGAAUUUCGGAACUCUGGUCCUUGUUGCAUUUCAUACUGCCGGAGAUCUUCACCUCUUUGGAGAUGUUUGAGCAUUGGUUUGACCCGGUGGUACUGAGCGAUCAUGCGGGUCGUGAUCGUCUGGUAACGGCCGAAAUGGAACGAUCACUAAUCACCAGGCUUCAUUGCAUCAUCAGUCCGUUCAUGCUACGACGAACCAAGGCGGAAACCAAUCUGUUGUUACCUCCGAAAAGAGAAAUUCUGCUCCGAGUCGGUAUGACUCCUCUGCAAAAGGAAUUGUACAACCAGGCUUUGCAACUCUGUCUAGAAAGCCAGACCAAUCAACUCGCCAGGCAUCCAUCCAAAGCAAAGUCCUUUGCUUCGCAGCCCAGUGGUCAUGGUAGUCUAACGUGGUUGGAUCAAGCGAAUAUCAUACCGGAUAAGAGACAUGGCUCCAACAAAAAUAACAAAAGAUUGACUCGGCAAGCCAAUCGUAUCCAAGUUCAGGACCAGUGUCGGGCUCGAAAGUCAUCCCCGCUUAAGAUGAACGACACGUCAGAGGUUGUGGAACCUUCAGUGGAUACUUCAGCUCUCCCUUCACGGCCGACUUCUUACGAUUUCCUCAUUUCGCCGCGCGUCAGUCUGACUAAUGGUUUGAUGUUAUUGCGCCGAAUUGUCAACCAUCCAUACCUGGCCAUCGACCGACCGGACGUUGCAGGCGACACUUGUCCUGCUGGGUCAACUCCAUCUACCGAGCAAAUGGCUCUGAUUGAUGCAAGUGAAAAAACCCGUGUUUUGGAUCGACUUUUAAAGCAACUGAUCGGAAGUAAUCAUAAGGUCCUUAUAUUCUCUCAGCUUACUAUUGUUCUCGACGUGCUAGAAGAAUUACUCGAGGCCAGAAACUGGCCGUUCGUACGACUCGAUGGAGCCACCAAGUUCGCUGAUCGCCAGGCAGCAAUAAGACGCUUUAACUAUGAACCAGUUGAAAUGUUGCCUGUGUUCCUUGUCUCUGCGCGUGCUGGUGGCUGUGGGUUAAAUCUACAGGCAGCUGCCGACACCGUUAUUAUUUUCGAUUCCGACUGGAACCCACAGACAGACCUGCAGGCACAAGACCGCUGCCAUCGCAUUGGACAAACCAAGCCCGUGUUAGUUAUCCGUCUGGUCACGGCGGAUACGAUCGAUGAAACAAUCCUUGAGAGAGCCCAUGCCAAACGGGGUUUAGAACGGCUUGUUUUGGCUGGAGGUUCCUUCGGAACGAAUCGAACGAAGCUGUCUUUCGGUACCGGAAAUAAGCCUUUGCCCGAUCACCUCAAACAUGGAUGGCUCCGCGGAGGACCGCGGAAUUCUCAUCGCAACUCGCAUUCAGUCGACGCAAACUUAUCCAAGACGGAACUCUUACGGUUGUUGUCUAAAAGGGACUAUCAUGCGGAAGUGUCAAAUUUGGAUGAAUUGUCAGACGAUGCACUCAAAAAGUUGUUGGACCGUUCCGAUUUGUAUGAACUAUGGGAAAGACAAAAAUCCGAUCCAGUUACAACACCUCUCGCCUCUCCACAACCUCGAACUGUGGAAGCAGAAAUAUUUAACGAUGGUGUGACCACGUCGACCGUAAAAUUGUUCCCCACUUCACCACAACUUCGAUUACCAGGAAAAGAAGUAUCUGGGGACGGGUUGAAUCAGCUUAUCGUAAAGUCAGCGGUCAAGCCUCUUCAAAGCUCACCCGUUCUGACGUUGGCACCGUCCAGUGAGAUACCGGUUGAUUCGAAAGUGACUGUGUGUCGCAGCAAGCGGAGUUCAUUCGAACUCAAUCAUGCACCCAUUCCUCCGUCUCCAAAACGCACCAGAUCUGGCGCGAUUCGGUGUGACGAACACUUUCCCAGAUCACAUUGCGUGCUUUCUUUCGAACCUGUCAAGGAUGAGUUGAAUCUUGUCUUCAACUACGUCCCUGAACCGUGAACCUUUUCUUCUGAUGACGAAGUUUUGUUAUCGUUCUUGUUUACAACUUUAUUUAUACGGAGGCAAAUAAUGAUCAUUGAGCUAAUCUAUCUCUCAUAGGUUCAUGGAAAACCGUUCAGCUGUAGGAUCCUUUCGGCGCCUAGCUGCCAUGCUACAUGAAGGAGGCACGAGGGCUGGGAUACUGCCAGGUUGUCCAAGCCUAGACAGGGGAAG